ACCGCCCAGAUAUUCAUGACAAUUCUGUUAUUUAGUGUUUUUCUUAACAUUUAGAUGUCCUCCGACGAGUUUACGUACACGUAAAUGCUGAUGUAAGAAGCACUCCUGUAUUCGUUCUAAAUUUUCACACAAUUUGAUAAUUUAUUCGUGAGCAGAAUCGUUACCGUGUACCCUGAUAAAUAUAAAACAGUUCGCCAUAUUCACUUGGAUAAAAUAGCAAAAUGGAAAGCUCAACGAAAGACGCAGUUUCCGAUGUUAUUUCGACGAAGAGAUCGUCAAGAGUUUCCUUCAUAAAUGAGAUACAAUCUAACGGCAAAGACCAUCAGAGAUUUGGGAUCACCAUCCGAAAUCCCUCUACAACUCCACUCUACAGUUCCAAACAAUUGCUGAAUCUAGGCUUUCUGGAAAAGUACACAUCAUGUCGCUGGCUGAUGGCCUUUUCAUGUUUUAUCAUGGUCACGUGUUCCAUUAUGUUACGACAAUGUAUGAGUAUGGCUGUCGUGUGCAUCGAAUCCAAUUAUGACGCUGGAACCAAUUUUGAUAUGGGAAAUCAAUCGAACACAAACGCAACGAUAGAUUCCAAAACUCAGAGAGGGCUGUGGGACAUUGUUUGGGACAGUGAGAUGGAGGGCCUGAUUUUGCAGUCCUAUUUCUACACAUAUCCUAUCACGCCUUUGAUUGGCGGGUAUCUGUCUGGAAGAUUUAGCGGGAAGAAGGUGGUGAUUGUUAUGACUUUGUGUUUGGUUCUUCUGUCAGCUGUCUUACCAAUUGCUGCCACAGUCAAUCCCUACCUUGUUGUAGUUCUGCGAUGCUGCAUCGGAUUAUCCUCGGGAGGUCUACAACCUAGUGUAACGGCCAUUGUUUCCAAAUGGGCGCCAGUGUCUGAGCGUGCGCAGAUAGUUGCUGUUGCAAAUGCAGGUUUGAUGAUCGGAUCAAUAUUUUCCUUUUCGCUCUCUGGAUUUAUAUGCAUGAUUCCAAUUCAUAACGGAUGGCCGUUCAUUUUCUACGUCUUUUGCAUUGCCAAUGUGUUGUCUCUGCUGUUAUGGGUAUGUAUGGUAUACGACAGACCGGAUGAUCAUCCCAGAAUUACGUGGAAAGAACGGGCAAUCAUCAACUACAAACGACGGGACAGCACAUUAGAAAAGAUGCCCUCACCGCCUUGGAUAAAAAUCUUGACUUCCGGUCCUUUCUGGGGACUCAUGAUGGCCCAUAUGUCACACGCCUUUCUAUUUACGACCAUAGGAACUUUCCUGCCUUUAUACAUGAGUGACGUAUUGAAGUUUGAGAUAGCUACGAAUGGUUUGUUGUCUUCUUUACCAUUCAUUGGUCGGUUCGUCGCGGCCAUUGCUAGCGGAAUGUUGGCAGAUAAACUUAUGACCAAGGGAUAUCUCUCGGUAACGGCCACAAGAAAGAUUUUUCACGCCUCAGGUAUGGUGUUGUCUACACCCUUUCUGAUUUGGAUGAGUUACAUGGAGCAAUCCGAGAGGACAACAGCUGUUAUUCUAUUGGUGACAUACUGGACAGUUCAAUCACUGAAUAAUUCGGGCUUCCGAGUCAAUCACAUCGACAUCGCACCUAGAUUUGCCGGUGUUUUGAACGGCAUGACAACUAGUUUGGCGUCAGCAGCUGCAGUACUUUCGCCCAUCGUUACAUCGGAGUUAACCAAAAACGGCACUCGAGAGGAAUGGCAAACCGUCUUCUUUAUCUGCACCGGGGUAGGACUGACAGGGGCCAUGGCGUUCGUCCUCCUUGGUAGUGGAGUGGAACAGGAGUGGGCCAAGGACCCCAACAUGAACGUCGAAAUAGAUGUGUAUACCACGGAGGAAGAUAAAAGUACGAUGUUAGGAAUUAUGGGUAACGGAACUGAUAUAGGACAAGAUAGGGACGUCAACGGAAGUUUGAAAAACAUUAACGAAAUCCAGAAAGGGGCUGUAAAUAGAGCCUUUGAUGACCAGGACAUUAAAGAUAUUAUAGGACAUGUAAAAUUGUCUUCAUCGUUUAAAUCCCAGUCACGUGAUUUUGAUGUACCAAUAAGAGACAACAUUGAUUCUUGUGAUGAUAAAAACAAUUUUGAAAAUGAAAGAGAUUCACCGGUGAUUCAUAAAACAGACAAGGAUGAUCAAUCUUCAACUUUUGUACAGAGAACAAAACACACAAGAGAAAAUUUAAGACUGAAUUUUCCUGAAAGUAAAUAUGUAACGGAUGAUAUCAGCAGUGCCGAAAGUAAUGAACUAGUUAUUACACACCUGUGAUAUCACUAGGAAUUGUACAUUAUCUGAUUUGUAUUUCAAAGGAAUGUUCAGAAUUGUCGAUAAUUUUAAUUUUUCCUUGUUCAUAACCCUUAUCGAUAUGCAUAUUAUGAGGUAGGUCCACCAGCCUAUAAAACAAGGCAUACCAAGGGGUUUACCUUUUCGUUUGUUUUAGGAAAAUAAAACCCAUCAAACAUUA